AUGAUUUGUGGUGAGAUUGGUGGUCGAAGGUUUUGUUUACUUGUUGACGAAGCACGGGAUGAGUCUCAUAAAGAGCAAAUGUCUCUUGUUUUGAGAUUUGUUAAUAAAGAGGGCUUCAUUAUAGAGCAUUUUUUUGGAAUUGUUCAUGUACAUGACACUACAACACAAACGCUCAAGGACGAAAUCUAUUCUCUGUUGUCACAUUACAACCUUGAUGUCAAGUCUAUUCGUGGACAAGGGUAUGAUGGUGCAAGCAAYAUGCRRGGUCARUUYAAAGGUUUGCAAGCCUUGAUUUUAGAAGAUUGUAAAUACGCAUAUUAUGUUCACUGUCUUGCUCAUCGGCUGCAAUUGGCAUUAAUGGCCGCCUCUCAAGGAGUUAUCGCACUGCGUAAUUUUUUUGUAACGUUGUCUUUUGUUGUCAAUGUUGUUAGUGCUUCUUUUAAACGCACCGACCAACUACGAGAUGCACAAGUCAAGCAAAUAGCAUACUUGAUUUCUGUUGAUGAAUUGGAGACCGGUAGAGGUCUCAAUCAAAUAGGUACAUUACAACGAGCAGGAGAUACUAGAUGGAGUUCUCAUCUCAGAUCAGUUUCUAGCCUAAUCAAGAUGUUCAGUCCCACUUGUGAGGUUUUGCUCAAAAUUUUUAAGGAAGAAACUGGGCCGAUCAAAGGAGAUUCAGAUUCGACGUAUGAGGCUAUAACGACAUUUGAGUUCAUAUUUGUCUUGCAUCUUGAAAGAGAAAUAAUGGAGAUCACUGAUUUACUCUGUCAAGCAUUACAAAGAAAAGAUCAAGACAUUUUUAACUCAUUGAGGUUAGUUGCAUCUACCAAAUUGUUAUUGCAUCUAAUGGAAGAUGAAAUCUGGGAUGCUUUGCUUUGCCUUGUUAAGUCAUUUUGUCAGGUACGUAACAUAGAUAUUCCUGACUUGUCUUCUUCCUACUUUAGCAGAGGCAAUCGAGCUCGUAAUGAGCAUAGUGGUCAUACACUUGAGCAUAAUUACCGAGUGGAUAUCUUUUAUGAAGCAAUUAAUUGUCAAUUAAUGGAAUUAGAUCAUCGUUUCAGUGAUGGUUCCAUGGAGAUGCUUCGUCUUGCUUCAACUCUAGAUCCUAAAAAUGCAUAUGACACUUUUAGAAGUCUUGAUGUACGACAACUAGUAGAGAAGUUUUAUCCUGAAGAUUUCGGUGAUCAUGAGAAAACAAUUCUGAAAAUGCAACUUCAACAUUAUGUUAUUAAUGUCGUUUAA